ACGCAACCUGCUGGAGGGAGACAGAUUUCUCUCUUCCUCUCUGGUUACACUGGAUUCUGGAGAGACACGAUCGUCGCUGAGGAGUGACGCAUUCUGACGUGAGACAAUGCACGCUCUCUACAUAACAGCCCGGAAGUUUCUGAAGAAAUCCAAUAAGUUUUCACGUUUUUCUCAGCACCAAGCUACAUAGAACAGAUGGCGGGGUUCGAUCUCGUGCCUGUAGAUGGUGGCAGUCCAAUACACCUGCCCGAGGGGGAGACACUGCUGGGAAGGGGUCCAUUCCUUGGCGUCAGCGACAAAAGAGUCUCCAGACACCACUGCCUCCUUGAGAACCUGAAUGGGCAGCUGCGCAUCAAACCUAUGCAUGUGAACCCCUGCUUUUGUCAGUCCUCGCUGGACGACCUCCCACAACCCCUGGACAGGAACCAGUGGCAUAAACUUGGACAGGGAGACAUCAUCUCCCUCCUUCCUGGGAAGUACAUCUACAAGGUGGUGGCCCUGAGUGGAGAAGAUGGAACACCCAGAAACAGUCAGGCUCUUCAAGAUGAAGACGAGGCUGUUAUUAAGUCUCCUCCUGCCUCCCCUGAACCAAGCGACGAACCUGCUUACCCCACUCGACAGGGCAAGGGGUGGACACCAAGUUCCCAUGAACAACAAUCUAGACUGGGAGGUAGUGUGGACCAGAAGGAGCCAGAUGAACAGCUACCUAACCCACCUACCUCAAACCAGACAGAAGCUGGGGUAGCUGAAGCAGAAAAUGACAAGAACGAGCUGAAACUUGAACCAAAGAAAAGAGUGUUACCUGCUUGGAUGACUGUACCCAUUGCAUCUCCCAAGAACCCCAUCACCACCAAAGGAUUUGGAAAUGGAGGCAGAGGAACCGCAACCCAAACGAUAAGCACCAACCAGGGCGCGGCCAAACGGGCCAGGUACACAGCGCCCUUGUCAGGGGAGGAAGAGUCUGAACACAGCGAGGCAGAGCCAACACCCAGGAAGAGGGUGAGGAGGAAGAAGAGUGACGAGGAUGAGGACAAUGAGGAAGAGGUCCAGUCUACAACAGCAUUUAAAGCCAGGCAGCAGGUGAAGCCUAGUAAAGUAGAGGAGAGUGAGGAGUCGGACCACUUUGACGUGGAGGAGGAUGAUGGAGAGAAGAGAAGAGGAGAAGCUUCCCCAGCGAAAGGCAGCAGCACUUCUACAAGCAGAGCGGAGGCCAGCGAGUCCGAGGACAGGGAGAGACAGCCUCAGAACGGUCAGAAGGUCGGCAAGGGGCCUCAAGGGUCAGGUGACGUUUCAGGCCCCGCCCAGUCCAAAGCUCGGCUCAGGACGACCUGCCCCUAUGGAAAGGACUGUUACAGGAAAAACCCAGUCCACUUCCAAGAAUGCAGUCACCCCGGCGACAGCGACUACGAGGACAGUUCCGCGAAAGACGAGGAGGAAGAGGAGGACGCGGACCGACCUGAGUGUCCGUACGGCACAAAAUGCUACAGGAAAAACCCUCUCCACUGGAAGGAAUACAAACACACCAAGAAGACUCGAGCGAAAAAGCCGGUAUCAUACAACAACGAUGAUGAUGAUGAUGAGUUUGGGGACGAUGACAGCUUCAUCAAUGAUGAGAGCGAGGACAUUGGUGAAGACUCUGACUAUGAGCCACCUGACUCAGACGACAGUGGCAAAGAGGACCUCGAAACACUCAAGAAAGAAGCCAAGGCCUUCACAAGGCCGAAAUGAACUAGUGGCCUAAACUGGACUAAUCUCCCCUUACCUGUUUUAAACUAAGCGUGCUAUUUAAGCGGAGUAUACCUUUUUCCUCUAUUCAAACACCCUUGGAACCCAGCAGGUCUACAAUCUCGAAUAAUAUAUCUCCCUGUGCUGGGAAAAUACAGUCAGCAAUUUACCCCAUCAGUUGGGAAGAAUCAAUAACGGGAUUCUUGACUGAUUUGUGUAUGAGGAUGUCAUAUUGCUGACUUUACCUUUUUAAAAGUGAUUGAAUUUAUGUGUGAUACACAGUGAUACUUUCUUGGAUAGUAAUUAAUCACAAGCAUUUUUGAAGUGUAUGAAUUCUUGGUUAUUGGUUUGUUUGAAUAGUAUGGACAAGCAGUUUAUUUUUAUUUUUUACUUCCUUUAAAAAUAAAUUCAGUGCCUUCAGAAAGUAUUCACGCCCCUUGACUUUUUUCACAUUUUGUUGUUACAAAGUGGGAUUAAAAUGUCCUUUUUUGGUCAAUGAUCUACACAAAAUAUUUUGUAAUUUAAAAGAAAAAUGCUAGAUUUUGUAUUUAUUAAGGAAAAUAAUCAGUACAUGUUAAACACCUUUGGGUGUGAAUUGUUUUGGGUAAGUGUCUAAGAGCUUUGCACACCAGGAUUGUGCAAUAUUUGCCCAUUAUUGUUUAAAAGAAAAUUAAAAAUUCAA